AGCCCACCUCCACCCAGCAGAGAAAGAAAAGAGGAAACCAUAACAUAACCCUACGGCGCAAGGACGAGAAGGAAACCCUGCCUCUUCCCCGAACAGAUCCGAAUAACCUAGACCUGCUUCGACUGUCCAUUCCCAACAACAACCGGCCCAGAUCCCCCCCUCCUAGGGGAGCAGAAGAAACCCCAACCCACCACGCGGCCGCCGAACUAGACUAGAGUACGCGCCGAGCCGCGGCUUAUAUUCUUCUCUCGUUUCCACGCCUCCUCCCUCGAACCAAACCAGUCGCCUCCUUGGCCUGCCCUCUCCCCGCCGCCGCCGCUCGGAAAGAAGCCAAGAAGCGCCGCCCCGGAUCUCCCCGCCGUGAAGACGAGCACGCACUUGUGAAUGGUGGGAGCCCGCGCGACCUCCGCUGCCUCGCCGCCGAAGCCGGAGAGGGCCUCCUCCGCCUCCUUCCGCGGCUUCGGGUGCUGCAUGCAGGGCUGGUACCACCGCUGCAUCGGCCUCGACCCGUGAACGACGAGCGUGCUCGCCGACGACGAUUCUUUGAUUCCCCUGAUUUUUCGCUCCCGACAUUUUUCCUGAGUUUCUUUUCUCCGAGGAAGGAGCAGCAAUUUAGAUUGGUUGGUUGAUUGGUAGCUGGGUGAUUGAUCGGUGAGCACGGAUGGCUGUUGCGGUGCCAUCGACGCUGCCGAUGAAGCUGAGGAAGGUGGAGCCAAGCGGCAAGGCGGCGGCGGAGGCGGGGGCCGGCGGCUGCUCGCGCGUGCUAGUCAUGGUGACCGUGCUCGGCAGCGCCGGGCCGCUGCGUUUCCUCGUCGACGAGGGCGAGACGGUCACCGGACUCAUCCGCUCCGCGCUCCGCUGCUACGCCCGCGAGGGACGCAUGCCAUUGCUCCGCGCCGACCCCGCCGACUUCCUCCUCUACAGUGCCAACGGCAGAUCCGACGCGCUCAAGGCCGACGAGAGGAUCAGCUUCAAUGGCUGCAGGAGCUUCCUGCUCUGGCAGAAGGCAGCGCGCCAGGCCGUCGCCGACGACGCAGCGUCGGAGCCUCUUGCGACGACCGCGGCAAAUUCUAGCCCCGGCAGGAAGGGCAGCGGCGGUUGGAAGGGUGGCCUUAACAAGUUCCUCAGCUUCAGUUUCAAGGACAAUAAACUGCAUUGAUCACGUUCGUUCUUGAUUUUAUUAGUUCAUGGCAGUUGAGCGAGUUGGGAAAAUUUGCAAUUAAGUGUAAUCUGUCCUUGCAUUUGAGUCGAGACAGUAGAUGUAUUCAUGAUUCCAUUGAUGAUGAUAUCAAGAAGAUUACCAAAGGGAACAAAUAACUAAACGUGUUCCGGUGCUAAACUUCCGUCUGUAAUUUAUCGUCCUCCUGGACUCUAAAUUUCGUAUUACUUGUGGAGUUCA